CGCGGGCGGGUUUGAAUCUGGUCCGAGCGCGGGAAGCGGCGGGCUUGCGGGACGAGCGCUUUCAGCUUUUUCCGGGCGCUGCCGAGACUUCCUCGCCCGCGCUGUGCUGGACCCGGCUUCCGUGGACCGACUCCGCGCGGACUCAGACCUGCCUGGAGGAAAAGGUAUAUUUGCAAAUUCCAGUUUGAGGAAGAUUGUGUUUUCUGUGAGGGUUACAGAAUAAAUGCCGCAUGAAAACCACUUUUAUCUGUCAUGGAGAAACGAGAGACAUUCGUACAAGCUGUGUCCAAGGAGCUGAUUGGAGAAUUUUUGCAGUUUGUUCAACUUGAUAAAGAUGCUUCUGACCCUUUCAGCCUAAAUGAAUUACUAGAUGAAUUAUCAAGGAAACAGAAAGAAGAGCUAUGGCAGAGGCUCAAGAAUUUGUUAACGGAUGUGUUGUUAGAAAGCCCAGUGGCUGGGUGGCAGACGGUGGAAGUCCAGGGUGAAGACGAGAUGGAAACAGAGCAUGAUUCAAAAAUGAAAAAAAACAUAGAAAUAAUUCAUGCAGUUACAUCUGUGGUUCUUGCUUCUGUACCCGUAAUAAAUGAGAGUGAGAACUAUGAAGACUUACUGGAAUGUGCGGUUAUGCUGAAUGGUAUUUUAUAUGCAUUACCUGAAUCUGAAAGAAAGCUGCAGAGUUCCAUUCAGGAUUUAUGUGUCAUAUGGUGGGAGAAAGGCCUGCCUGCCAAGGAAGAUAUGGGAAAGACUGCUUUUAUCAUGCUAUUAAGGAAGAGUCUAGAGACUAAAACAGGUGCAGACAUAUGUCGGCUCUGGCGUAUUCACCAGGCGUUAUAUUGCUUUGAUUAUGACUUAGAGGAAAGUAAAGACAUUAAAGAUAUGCUACUUGAGUGUUUCAUAAGUGUGAAAUACAUCAAGAAAGAAGAGGGAAGAAGAUUCCUUAGUUCUCUCUUCAAUUGGAAUAUAAAUUUUAUUAAAAUGAUCCAUGAGACCAUUAAAAACCAGUUACAGGGAUUACAAAAAUCUUUGAUGGUACACAUCGCGGAAGUUUAUUUCAGAGCUUGGAAAAAGGCCUCAGGGAAAAUAUUGGAGACCAUCGAGAACGGCUGCAUCCAGGACUUCAUGCACCACGGUGUCCACCUUCCACGCCGGUCUCCAGUGCACUCCCGAGUGCGCGAGGUGCUGAGUUAUUUUCAUCAUCAAAAGAAAGUUCGUCAGGGAGUGGAAGAGAUGCUUUACAGGUUAUACAAACCCAUCCUCUGGAGAGGACUAAAGGCCCGAAACUCUGAAGUCCGGGCGAAUGCUGCCCUGUUGUUCAUUGAAGCAUUUCCUGUUAGAGAUCCAAAUUUCAGUGCUGUCGAAAUGGACAGUGAAAUUCAGAAGCAGUUUGAAGAGCUCUAUAGCCUGUUAGAAGAUCCUUAUCCAAUGGUCCGUUCUACAGGGAUCCUUGGUGUUUGUAAAAUAACUUCCAAAUACUGGGAAAUGAUGCCUCCAACCAUUCUUAUUGAUCUCCUCAAGAAAGUAACUGGGGAACUGGCAUUUGACACAAGCUCAGCUGACGUGCGCUGUUCUGUCUUUAAGUGUCUGCCAAUAAUUUUGGAUAACAAAUUAAGCCACCCGUUACUAGAGCAGCUUCUGCCAGCGCUGAGACACAGUCUCCACGACAACUCGGAGAAAGUGAGAGUGGCUUUUGUUGACAUGCUGCUGAAAGUCAAGGCCGUGCGGGCUGCUAAGUUUUGGAAAAUCUGCCCCAUGGAGCACAUUUUGGUGCGUCUGGAGUCCGAUUCCCGGCCCGUGUCCCAGCGCCUGGCGCGCCUCAUCUUCAACUCCUUCCUGCCCGUGAACCAGCCCGAGGAGGUGUGGUGUGAGCGCUGCGUCACGCUGCUGCAGAUGAACCACGCGGCCGCCAGGAGGUUCUACCAGCACGCCCACGAGCACACCGCCUGCACGAACAUAGCGAAACUGAUUCAUGUGAUUCGCCAUUGCUUAAACGCCUGCAUCCGGAGGGCUGUGCGCGAGGGCCACGAGGGCCAUGAGGAGAGGGAGAAGGAGAACAGCAAACUAAGGAAGCCAGAGAUUGAGUGGGAGUCGGUCACCAUCAGCCCUCACCAGGUUCUGGACAAAACACUGUCUGUGAGUGACGUCGCAUCUAUGGCGGGUUUGUUAGAGAUUGUCGUGAUUCUCUGGAAGAGUAUUCACAGAAGUAUGGAGAAUAAUAAGGAGGCCAGAGUCUACACCAUUAACAAGUUCGCUUCCGUGCUCCCUGAGUACCUGAAAGUCUUCACGGAUGACCGCUGCAAGGUCCCUUUGUUCAUGCUCAUGUCCUUUAUGCCAGCCUCUGCUGUGCCCGCAUUCAGUUGUGGUGUGAUUUCCACAUUAAGGAACCAAGAGGAAGGAGAAGCGGACAAGUGCUAUAGUACUUUGCUAGACUGUCUCUGCUCCUGGGGACACGUGGGACACAUUCUGGAACUCAUCUGUGACUGGCUGCCAGAAGAACGGCCCCAGAGCAAGAGUAAGUCAGCAUCUAAACGGAAAGUGCAAAUCCAUGACACACGCCCGGUAAAACCGGAGCUGGCCCUGGUUUACCUAGAGUAUUUGCUGACGCACCCGAAGAAUCGGCAGUGCCUGCUCUCUGCUCCCCAGAAGAAGCUCAGCCACCUUCUGAGAGCGCUCGAACUGUCCAAGGCGGAUCUGGAAUCCAUUUUACAGUUGCCGGGUGGGAAACCUCCCAACUUCAGCGAAGCGGUGGCCCUGCGGGCCUUCAGCCUGCACUGCCGGCUCAGCAUUCACCUGCAGCAUCAGUUCUGCUCGGAAGGGAAGGUUUACCUGUCCAUUUUGGAAGACACUGGGUUUUGGUUAGAAAACAAAGUUCUGUCUUUUAUCCAAGAUCAAGAAGAAGAGUAUCUCAAGCUUCACAGGGUCGUUUAUCAGCAGAUCAUCCAGACCUACCUGACAGCCUGUAAGGACGUCGUGAUGGUCGGCCUUGGCGAUGAUAAGUUUCAGGUACAGCUUCUACAGUGGAGUCUCCGGAUCAUGCCAACAGUGAAGGGCUUCUUUUACGUGUCAUUACUUCUGGGCAUUCUGAAAGAGGUAACCGGAAGUUCCUUGAUGCAGAGACCAGACUCAGACGAAGAGGUUGCAACGCUGUUUGAUAUGGUCCAGAAAGUAUUUCAGAAACUGCUGGAAUGUAUGGCCCGGAGCUUCAGGAAGCAGCCAGAAGAAGGCCUGCGGCUUCUGUAUUCCGUCCAGAGUUCUCUCCACGAACUGCUAAUGACGGUUCAGUCUUGGCACCUAGACACGCCCGUGCACCGGGGCGUGCUCUCCACCGUCAUCGCUGCGUCUGUGGUGGAGAUCGGUCACCAGCUACGGAAGGUUUCUAAUACAGAAGAGCUCACUCCCCCCGAGGUUCUUGCAGACCUCCCACCGUUUUCAAGGUGCUUAGUAGGAAUAGUAAUGAAGUCUCCGGACGUGACCAGGUCAUUUUUAGAUGAACUGAAGGCGUGUGUUACAUCUGAUGAUAUCGAAGGCAUUGUGUGUCUCACAGCUGUUACGCAUAUUAUUUUGGUUAUUAACAAAGGCAAACAGAGGAGCUCAAAAGUGAAGGAAGUCGCGGCCAGCGUUCACAGAAAACUGAAGACGUUCAUGGAGAUCACCCUGGACGAGGACAGCACAGAGAGGUUUCUCUAUGAAUCGUGUUCGAGGACUCUGGGAGCGCUUCUGAAUUCAUAACCAGGCCAGCAUCUUCGGUCACGUGAAAACAGGAAAAGGACUCAGUGAAAGUGAAAUGAAUGUGUAUUUUCCUAGUGUUUUUAAUGUCAAUAACCGGUGUCAUAGGGGUGGGGUUUAUUUGGGGAGUUACAAGUAGGAAACUCAAAGGUUCUUAAGCUUUUGCUUGGUGCCUGCAUAAAUACUAUAUUUAAGGUAAAGGACUCUGGGUAUCAGUGGUGCAAAGGAAAAAAAGACACUUUUCUAGCAAACGUGGUUGUUUUAAAAAUGACUUUAUAUAUAUGUAUGCAUAUGUAUAAAACUGUUGCUUAAACUCUGAGUAAUAAAAGCGAUGACGACGUGUGUGAGUCUAACCCUCGAGAGGCAGGGGUUGAGUUCUGCUGAGUGGAAGGCGCUAAAGCAGAGGGAGGGGCCGCUGCGGGGUCCUGUAGUGGCCUCCUCUCCCGGUCUUGCUGCUGCUUGACUGGGUGUCCGGAUGGGUCUGGUGGCCCCAAGUACGCGUGGCAGAGCUGAGUCCUUCAGCCGGAAGGUGAGUCUCUGCCAUUUCAUCUUUUCUUUCUGAGAGCUGACCUGGUGCCAGUGGAGGGCCAGCCCCGGGCUUCCUCGCUGCGUCGUCCAAGACCCCGGCCUGUCUGCCGUAGGUGACCAGGUCUGUGUGUCCCUGUCAGCCACAGGCCCUGCGUCGUGGCAGAGCGGCCGCCUGUGACCGACGGGACACGCUCAUUCUGACCUCUGACCCAGCAAAGCGGUAAAGAAACGCCAAUUUCACUGUUUCUCUAAGAAGGUACAGAAAUGGACUGCUUACCACAGGAGCAGUUAGGGUAAAGGGUUUCGGAGCUAUCUCCGAAAUGGGAGGUGGGGGUUGUCAUUUUAGCUAAUUUUGAACGGGACCUUUUAGACACCUUUGCUAAGAUGUAUUCCGUGUUGGCAAAUGUAGUUUAUCUUUCUUUUUUUGUCCUUGCUGGUGUUUGUUUUAGUAUUAAACGCACUGAGGGGCGUCUGGCAGCAGAGGCCAGGCGGCAAGAGGGAGCGGAAGUGGCAGUGCCCCGUGUCAGCCGCCAACCAGAAGGCCUGUACCGCCCGUUUGCACACAGCGGGAAGGCUGCGCGCCACAGCCCAGGAGCGAAGCAGCCUCCGGGAGAGAGGCAGCAAACAACGGACCUGACCAAACGGUCAGUGUGCCCCUCACCCAUCAGACACCCAGGACUAGCUUGGCGGCAUGAAAACCAGCCGCGGGGCGGGGCAGGGGCUCGCUCCCACUCCGUGAGGCCUGGGCCGCACCGCCCAGGGGCCCUUGCUGUGGUCCCUCGUCGUGGCAGACUAGCCAGGCCUUCGCUGACCCACGGGGAAAAGUGACUGUUCUCCAAAAACUGCCCUGACACGACCUUUCCACCGCCGGCCGUUCCUAAGGUGAGAACGGUUUCUCGAGUGACCCUCAGAACGGGAGAGCGCGCAACUAGGAAGACGGAGCUGUAGCGCCUCGCUGGUUUCGAAAUUAUUCUACGUCAAAUAUAGUGACGCCGCGCUUAGGACCACUGAUGUCUAACUCUCCAGUCUCUGUCCUUUGAAAAGGAGCUGGUGGCUGUGCGCGUGGCCCAGACCUGGACAGUGGGUCGCGCUGGGUGUCAGCGGGUGAAAGCCGCGUUCCCUGUGCUCCUGGAGCAGAGCGCUGGAAGGGCUGGGCCGAGCACGCCGGCACAGGUGUCCACGGCACGGCGCCCAGCGGCUCGGUCGGUUGAGCGCCCGUAUCUUGAUCUCAGCCCAGAUCUCCAUCUCAGGGCUGCGAGUUCUAGCCUCAUGCUGGACUCUACUGGACAUGGAGGAUGUGUUCAAGAAAGUGUCCAGGAGCACGUGCUUGCUGACGGCUCCGUGGCCAUCCCGCUCAGGCCCACAUUCUCAUGGAUGUGCUGACGUCUUUCGUAGCUAACUCAUGACUGAACCACACUUUUUCUAAAAUAAAGGACGUUUCUGGAGGGUUAA